AUGCUUCCAACGAAGAACUGUGGAGCCAAGCUGAUUUUUUUUUUUUUUUUUUUUUGUUGUUGUUGUUGA